UCUGCGUGCUCGCCUAUUCUUCAUCUCGUUCGCCCGCAAAACAACAUCCUCUAGCCGACUUGUCCAGCCAGCCAUGGACCCCCGCCGUCGUCACAACCAGCGCCCGCCACCGCCGUCGUCCUCACUGCCUCCCAACCCGGCUACCUACAAUGCUCCCCCGAACUCAUAUGGAGGAUCAUAUCCUGAUACACGGCAGUACCAGGGCCAUAACGGCGCGCAUAGUACCCCACAGGGAUACAGAAGUGCUCCUCCCCCACAACCGCCAUACGGUGCCUUUUCUGGCGAACAAAGAGCCUUUCCACCCAGCAACAUGCCAAACUAUCCUCCCAGUGGCCCGCCAGACCCCCGCAUGAGACCUUCUCAAGAUCCCAGAUCUAGAUUAUCGGGCCCUCAAGGGAGUUACAAUACUCCAACCCCACCUUCCGGGCACACCCCUCCCUCUUUACCCAAUUAUGGCACCCCGCCUAUCUCUGCGCCCACAAUACCUUUACCGUCGCAACAGAGCCACCAACAAUUUUAUACGCCUCCGAGCGGCCCUACACCUUCACUUCCUGGUGCCAUGCCUGCAGGCGUUAUUUCGGAACCAGCAAAUGGAUUUGUGGACAAGGAUGUGCCACAAGGUAGAAGAAGACCGUUAUUUUGUGUGGUUUGUGCGAGCAAUAACAAUCGAUCCAUGGAAGCGCACUAUGUCCUGAACAAAAACUCCUUCCGAGUCGUCUCCGCCGGAACAGGCUCUGCUGUCCGUUUGCCGGGUCCGGCCAUCGACAAGCCCAACGUCUAUCGCUUUGGUACCCCGUACGAUGACAUCUACAGAGACCUCGAGUCUCAGGACCCUCAGUUAUACACUCGUAAUGGUAUCCUGCCCAUGUUGGAUAGGAACAGAAAAGUCAAAAAAGCGCCUGAAAAGUGGCAGGAGCUGAAGAGUGUAUUGGCGGAUGUUGUCAUUACAUGUGAAGAAAGGUGUUACGACGCUGUUUGCGAUGAUCUCCUGACAAGAAGUGGAGAGUAUAACCGCCCAAUCCACAUCAUCAACAUUGAAAUCAAAGAUAACCCCGAAGAAGCUCAUAUUGCCGGCCAAUCCAUACUGGAGCUCGCCAGAGCCAUUGAAGCUUCAGACGACCUUGAUUCUGAUAUUGAUGCUAUCCUCAACGCUCACGGUGACAAGCACCCUCACACGCUUUUGCAUACCGUAGGAUUCUAUUAGAUAUAAUACUAUUAAAGGAAUGCAAAAGGGUUAGGAUGCAUAUAAGGGA